GGCUCCGCCGCGUCGUGCUCUCUCCUUAUCCCUCCCCUACCGAGACGCGCCUCCUCCCUCCUCCUCGCGUCGCCCUCUCGCCUCCGAGAUGCUCAAAGGUUUUCUUCAGUGAAAGUGAAGGCGACUUCUUCCUCAGAAGAGUCAUCUAGUUCCAUUCAAAGCGAAGAGCUCCUGGCUGAUUUGAAGGAGAAGUGGGAUGCUGUUGAGAACAAAUCCACUGUUUUGUUAUACGGGGGAGGCGCAUUAGUUGCAAUUUGGCUGUCUUCGGUUGUCGUUGGGGCCAUCAACUCCGUUCCUUUGCUUCCGAAGCUUAUGGAGUUAGUAGGGCUUGGGUACACCGGAUGGUUUGUGUACCGUUACCUCCUUUUCAAGGAAAGUAGAAAAGAGUUAGCCGAGGAUAUUGAAGCUUUGAAGAAAAAGAUUGCUGGAUCCGGGGAAUAAUCGCAGCUUUCUGUAUAAGAGAAACCAACUCACUGCAAGUCGUUGCUGUUGUAUGCUAUUUAUUGUAUCAAGCAGCAUUUUUUCCUUUUUCGUCCUCACUCCAUGGAAUGGAAUUAAUAAUUUGUAUUAGCAUUUUAUUCUUUGGGAUAUGGUGUUUCUUAAUUUAACAUUGGUCCUUUUCCCUCUC